AUGAGUAAAGCAAGUAAAUUAGAAAGAUUAAAAAGAGGACUUGGUAUGGAAGGUUGUUUUGUUGUAGAUUUAGUUGGGAAGAAAGGGGGAUUGGCUUUGUACUGGAAAAACAAUGAGGAAGUGGAAAUUAAGAGCUAUUCUACUUGGCAUAUCAAUGCUGAGGUUAGUGAGGAGGGACAAGGCACAAAGUGGUUAUUCACUGGGUUCUAUGGACAUCCUGAGAUAGGGAAGAUGAUGUUUUCUUGGGAUAUGUUGAGAAGAAAUGGUUUCUAUACGUGGAGUAAUAGGCAUAAUGACCUCUCUUUCACAAAGGAGAGAGGAAAUGAGGAGAGACUGAGAAGGGGGAAGAUUCCUUUCAGAUUUGAGGCAAGCUGGGUGAAAGAAGAAGAUUGCGAAGAGAAAAUAAAACAAGAAUGGGUUAGAGGGCAGCAGUCAACUAAUUUUGUCAAGAAAGUGCAGGCUAGGCUGAAAUUCUGUUGUAGAAUGCUAGUGAGAUGUUUCAAAAGGAAAGAUAAAGAGAGAACAAGUGAAAUAGACCAGAUUACAAGUAGAAUAAAAGAAGUCCAAGAAGAUCUGGGGCAUCAUAAUAUAGAGGAGUUGAAGAGCUUGCAGAAGCAAGUAGGGGGUGUUUUGGAGCAGGAGGAUAUCAAGUGGAGGCAAAGAGUAAAAAGAAACUGGUAUAGCCUUGGUGAUAAAAAUGCAAGGUUUUUUCAUGAGUGUGCAAACCAGAGAAGGAGUAGGAACAAGAUCUAUACAGUGGUUGACAGGAGAGGCUUCUCGAAAGAAGGGGAAGAAGAGAUUGAGAAGGCUUUUCAUGAACAUUUUAAAGAUGUGUACAAGAGUAUUAAGCCAAAGGAAGAGUUGAUCAGCAAAUGCUCAAUUACAGUAGAUAAAAAUGUUACUUGUGAGAUGGAAUGA